UCUGUAGAGUGAGCUUUAAAUGGCAGGUUCGGUUGAGUAAGGAAGAAGUAAAGCUUUGUUGUUGUGUUUUUCUUUUUCUUCUCCUUCUUCAUUACUUCUACUUGUUUUUAUUGUCGGAAUGGGGAAGCUAGAUCAGAAAGACAAAGAUACGGAGAAGGUAGACGCUGUUCUUGAUCUGCUCAAGAAACAAUCUCCGCUAACAGUAAAACAGGAGAAGUUCUGCAACUAUACUUGCGUUGAACGGUUUCUGAAGGCAAAAGGAGAGAAUGUGAAGAAGGCAGCUAAGCAUUUAAGAGCAUGCCUUGCUUGGAGAGAGAGUAUCGGCACAGAAUGUUUGAUUGCAGAUGAGUUUUCUGCGGAGCUCGCCGAAGGCUUCGCUUAUGUUGCCGGUCAUGAUGACGAUUCUAGGCCUGUUGUGGUUCUCCGUAUUAAGCAAGAUUACCAGAAGUUCCACUCGCAGAAAUUGUACAUCCGUUUACUGGUUUUCACACUUGAAGUGGCCAUUGGAUCCAUGCCUAAAAACGUCGAACAGUUCGUCCUCAUCUUCGAUGCAAGCUUUUUCAGAUCAGCUUCGGCUUUUUUGAAUUUACUACUGGCAUCACUGAAGAUAGUAUCGGAAUACUACCCCGGACGGCUUCACAAGGGCUUCGUCAUCGAUUCUCCCUCCCUUUUCUCUUACCUGUGGAAGGGGGUACGUCCGUUCGUUGAGCUAUCGCCGGUGACGAUGGUGGUGUCUUCGCUCGACUAUGAUGAUUCGUUUGAGUAUGAUGAUUUCUCAGCAUUCCCACGAGCUUCUUCGUUGCGGUUCGAUCCCUCGUCCAUUCCGUCAACGGGGAAGAUAGGAACUUCGUCCUCCACCCGCUUCUCCUUCACCGUUUCACACCAUUUCGACUCUCUCAAGCCUUGGUACCUAAGCUUGACAGACACGUCAGCAUCCAAGGUUGGGCCCACCAGUCCAUCCCGAUCACUCAUGGGCCCUGCCCUCAUUUCCCCACUCAACGCUCGUUCAUUCUCCUUCGCAUCACCGGCAACCAGGACGCCACGUUGCAGCACCCCUGGGCCCACCAGGAAGAAUCAACACCACGUCUUCACUUCGACCCCGUUGCCACCAGGAAGAAGCAGCACCCCUGGGCCCACCAGUAAUCCGAGGACGCCGAGACCAUCUUUCCUCCAAUCUCCAGCCAUGUUCUUUAGGAAGGACAAGGAUUGCCACGUCAGCAGGACGGAGAAGAGUCGUGAAUCGUUCCUUCCCUUCUUGAGGUUCUACAGAAGGCCAUACGACGAGAUGGUUUACAGGUCAAAGAUGAAGCCACCACUAGGUGGGCUCAUCUCCAUUGUCUCUCCUCAAAUGAAACGUCGCCACAUGUCACAGUCGCAGAGGUUUUAAACACAAAAGUACAUAAACUUAGAAUACUAAUUAUAUUUACCAAAUAAUUUAUAGUGUUAAUAGUGUCUCUUUAAGAUCGAACUGGUGGGUUCAUGGAUUAGCAAAAAGGAACAAAAAGGGUAAAAACAGAGACGACGUACUAAGCGGGGUGUGAAAUGGUGUGCAUGUUGUCUCAUUUUUUGAGCUUAGCGGUCUCUCUCUCUCUCUCUCUCUCCGGCCUUAAAGGAGAGUCAGAAGUCUACGUUUCGGGGUUUGGAGGAGGAGGAGAGUAAGAGGUAUUGGAAAAGCGAUAGCGUGGUCGGAACGAUGAACAUGGCAUCGGAAAUCAUUAGAGAGGAGAUGGAGAAAACCGCCGGGUCAAUAAAGACCAGGAUAUAUGGGAAAAAUCUAUGUUUGGUUUAAUCAAAUUUGUUUUGAUGUUUUUGACUUUUGUGUAGAUUGGAUUUUUGGGGAAUCUAUCACUCUGUUUGGUAACUUGUUAAUAAUGGAAGUUUAAAAACCCUAUGGUUUUAACGGUUAUCGAGAUGUAAGUUAUCUG